UCAGCGGCAGUCAUUACAGGGUUAACGGCUACGGGAAGUUUCAAUUGUUCUAAUUACUGAAGUUUCAUUAUUAAUGAUAUAGACUAUUGGAUAUGCCGAAGGCAAAUGAGAUAGUAAAUAACUUCGAGUGGGCGGAAAAGUUGGGGUGUCCUCCAUCCGUCUGCUCCAAUCAUGUUAAAAAAAUACUCAACCACGGAAUUACUGGACUGUUGUGGGAGGAAAUUGGAUCUGCAAUUUAUCCGUUCAACGAUGUUCUGGAGACUCGAAAAAAUAUUUUACUUCAUCACUUGAAAAAUCAGGGACAGACCCCUGCUAUCCAACAUAUUCGCAACACCAAACGUUUGAAGUCUGAGAGAAGUUUAUUAGAGGCUCAAGUGAAAAAUCUUCAAGGGGAAUGCGAGAAAAAGGAGAAUUCUAUCAAAGAAAAGGGGCUAAAACUGCAGAAAAUCAGAGCAGCUAAACAGGCCUUGGAAGCCAAGAAGAGUCUUCUAGAGUUGAGUCAUCGUGAGAUUAAGGACAAGAUGAAGAACUGCAAGGAUAUGAGAACAGUCUGUCAAGAUUUGCUGCCUCCAUGUCAAUCAGGUAUUGACGAGUCGACGAUGAAUGAGUCCCUGACUCUCGUGGGUGGAAUUUCCUCGAGAACAGAUAAACGAAAGGCUUGGAAACAGAUUCAGGAGAGUCUAGGUCCAAUUGCUAUUUCAGAAUUGUGGGACUGGAUUCUGAAAAAUCGAAUAAGAAACAACGAGGAGUUAUGCAGACACGAGGUCGAGGAUAAUCACAACAAGAAGACGGUUUCCCAGUUAGAUCUAGAAAUAGCGAGUGCUCGGGGUCAGCAGGUGAAAUUGGCAAUUGCCAAAUGUAUUCACAUGGAGAAGGCCAAAGAGUACGAGGCACGUGCCAGUGAAUAUCUCGAGCACAUAUCCACGUUUUUCGAGAAUGACGAGGACAAGGACAUGUGGCUGAUGACCUCCAUGGAGGUGACAAAGCUCGAAGCAACGCAGAAGGUUCUUCAGAAUGAAAUGGAGAAGAUGAAGCAUUUUAUUGAGGAGCAGAAUGCUGUCUCCCUGGAUCUCCAUGAGCUCGAGUCUGAGAUCAAUGAGAUUGAUUAUCAGAUGGAGCAGCGUGUCCAGACGCUCCACAAGUCCCUGGGGCUUUUGCAGUCUGGCAAUCAUUUUUUGAUGACUCUGAAGAACAAUUUAGCUGUUACAUUGGAAGCAAUUCAUGCUCUCAACACUCAACAUGAAACUCCACCAGACUGGAUGAAUGGGAAUCUUAGUCAUGAGCUGGAGGUCUUCCAGGAGAAUCUAGAUAUUAAUGCUCUGAACAAGAUUCUGCUAAGUGGAAAAGUUGGAGCUUACAGACACACCACAACGUGCAUGAGCAAUGCCUCCAUCUCCUUUCCCACCCUAACGUCAGCAACUCCAGUAUUUCAACCAGCUCUCUAUCACCUGAUCACCUGCUACCUCGAUAUCAUCGCCAACAAGCUCCUGAAGCAAAAGAAACAGGAAUCAGAUAUCGCAAAUCAGCUAGAGAUAAAUCUGAAGAUAUCGCUUCCAUCAUUAACUCGUGAGAAUGAGAUCAUUGAACUGCUGGACGAGGCAAAUUCAGGAGCAAAGAAGUGUCAACAGGAAAUUACAGAAGUCAAUUCUAUCUUCGAUGCCUGGUGCUCUCAACCAGUCGCUGAAGUUAUGGCCAUCAAUGAUUCUGUGGUACAUGGGGCGACAUUUAAUGAAUGGGUCCAACGAUUCUCCACAAUUAUCUACAUGCUUCAACGCUCCAAGUGAACAAUUAUAUAUCGUGUGUUAAAUCGCUGUGAUAUCUAUGAUUUUUGUAUUUUUAUAUGGAAGACAAUCGGAGGAGCGUUUCUAUAAAUAAUAAUUGAAUUCAUUUGCCGAA